UUGUUCUUGUUUGUUUGAGUCGCGAAACGCGAUUUCAAAUUUUUUUUGUAUAGAAAUUCUUUUAUUUUCUUAUUUUAAAACGGGAAAAAAAAGAAAAUAUUCUUGCUAAUGUACAAUAUUGAAAAAAUAUUCCAAUACAUUUAAAAAUAUUAAUAUAUACAAAAAUACGUUUUGUUGGAAAAUUUAAAAGAAAAAAAAAUUAAAUGAUUAAGAGAACUUAGAAGAAAAAAUAUUUAAAUACAAAAAUUUAAUAAAUUUCAAAACUGCCUAAAAUAUAAUAUCAACCAUAAGCUAUUCACUGUUUGAUUAAUCUCUGUCUGUAAAGCUUCAAAUUCUUAAGUUGUUAAAAUAAAAAAAAAACUUUAAAAAAUGGCAAAUCAAUCGCAACAAGCUCCUUCACAACCUACACAACAGUUUGCGUUAGUACCAAAAAUUAUCAAUGGUGGAAUAGCUGGUAUUAUUGGUGUUUCAUGUGUUUUUCCAUUGGAUUUAGUUAAAACCCGCUUACAAAAUCAACAAGUUGGUCCAAAUGGGGAAAAAAUGUAUAAAAGCAUGUUUGAUUGCUUUAAAAAAACAUACCGAGCUGAAGGUUAUUUUGGCAUGUACCGUGGUUCAGCGGUAAAUAUACUAUUAAUUACACCAGAAAAAGCAAUUAAAUUGGCUGCCAAUGAUUUUUUCCGUCAUCAUUUAACAACAAAAGAUGGUAAAUUACCAGUAACCAGGCAAAUGGCAGCCGGAGGCUUAGCUGGUCUCUUCCAAAUUAUUGUAACGACACCUAUGGAAUUAUUAAAAAUCCAAAUGCAAGACGCUGGACGUGUUGCAGCUCAAGCAAAAGCUGAAGGUAAAGUUAUACCAAAAACAUCAGCAACCCAAAUUGCCACUCAGCUUUUACGUGAAAAAGGGUUAUUUGGUUUAUACAAAGGCUUAAAUGCAACGAUGCUACGUGAUGUUUCAUUUUCAGUUGUAUACUUUCCACUAUUUGCUUUCCUAAAUAGUCUUGGUCCACGAAAGAAUGACGGUUCCGGUGAAGCUGUAUUUUGGUGUUCGUUUAUAAGUGGUUGUGCUGCUGGUUCAACGGCAGCCCUCGUCGUAAAUCCAUUUGAUGUAGUCAAAACUAGAUUACAAGCUUUGAAAAAGGCAAAGGGUGAAAAGGAGUUUUCAGGAAUUUUAGAUUGUUUCUAUAAAACACUUAGAUAUGAAGGUCCAACGGCAUUCUUUAAAGGUGGUCUCUGCCGUAUGAUUGUAAUCGCUCCAUUAUUUGGAAUAGCACAAAUGGUUUACUUUUUGGGUGUAGCAGAAGCUAUUUUAGGAAUUAAUAAAGCUAAAUAAAUUAAUGAAUUUCCAAUAGAUAAAUUAAGAAAAAAACCGGAAAAUGAAAAGAAUUAUUCAAUAUAGAAAAAUGUAUAAAAAGUUAGCACAAUUAAAAUACAAGGGCUUUUAUCAUCUCUGCCCCCUUUAUAGUAAAUAGCCAAAAUUAAAAAAUAUAUGAAGCCAAUAAAAAGAAAAAACUACAGAAAAACAAAUUAAGUCUAAUGAAUUUUAUUUUAAUGAGUAACUUACUUAUGUAUUAUGAAUUUCGAAAUUUUAUGCAAAUAAGAUUUGCAAAUGUUUAAAUAUUCUAAUAUUAAAUAAACCUAGUAAAAAUUUAAAUGUGAAAAUAAAAUUAAAACAUUAUUGUAUUUUGAUGUCUUAUUUUAUCCAUACGCUUUUUUUACUUUACUAAUAAUUAAAGCAAAUAAUAAUACAUUAUGGCGGAAUUUCACAUUUUUGUAAAUGAAAAAUAUAUUCUCUGUUUAUAUGUAAAGGAAAUUUAAAAAAUAAAGCGUAAUACGCUCUAAAAGAUGGCUUGUUACAAAUAAUUUAAUUUUAUUACAUAAUUUUAAAUUUUUAAGGCUUCUUUAUAUUGCAUUUAAAUAAACUUAUGAGGUAAAAACAUUGUUGUUAUGAUUUUUAUUAAUAUAUUAAUUAUUAUUAAAAUUGUUUUUAUUGAAAAGUUUUUAUUCUUUCAAUUAGAUAUAAAAAAAAUAUAUUUGUCAGACCUUCUUGUUCUAAUCACUAUCAAAAAAACAAAAAUAUUAAAAUAUUUCGAUUAAAAUUAUGUAUUCCACAAAACGACUUAAUACUAAAAAUUCUCUGAUUAUAUUAUCAAAAGAAUUUUGUUAUAAAAAUAAUAAACUUAAAAAGCAAUGUUUUUCAAUAAACAGCACACUAGCGCUCGUUCUUUAAAAUAUUUACAAACGUGAUUAUAUUAUAUAUGAAAUUUUGUAUUAAAUUAUAACAAUUCAAUGUUUUUCCAAAUUUUUUCUUUAAUCAUUGUACUCGUAUUUAAAUCAAAAUUUCGUGCAGUUAUUGUUUAUUCAAUACAAUUUUACUUUAUAAUUAAUUUGUUAAUUACAUGUUGUUUGUUAAGGUAUCACUUAUUUAGCUGUUCAAAAUGUAAAAUUUAAAUUAAAAUUCUUGAAAUGAAGAAUUUGUUGCAUAUAUAUGUAUGUGUAACAUAAAAAGAGCAAAGUACUGAAUAAGCAUCUCACAUUCCGAAAUAUAUUCAUCCUUUUAAAGAAUAUAAAAAAUCCUACAUAUACAUAGUGGCAAAAAGCUUAAAAAAUUGGUGUUGAAUAGCAAUAAAUAAAUUAAACUAAUAUUAUACAAUUUUUUGACAAUAAAAUAUGAUGAGGUUGACUAAAAUGCAAAGAAAAUCAAAAAUUAAUCCUGUACUAUAACUUAACUUUGAUUUAUAAAAUUCAAUGUAAUAAAUUAUUUAUAAUAAUGACAAUAAUAUAUAAAGAAAAUUAAGAGCAUAAUAUUUCAAAUAUCGCUAUAUUAUCUAAGGUACAUUUGUAAAAAAAAAUUCAGAUGGAAUUGAAACAUACAAAUAAAUAUAAAUUAAAAAUAAUUAAAAAAAAAUAUUUUCAAAUACUAAAAAAUAAUUUAUGCAAAUCAACAGUACCUAUAGUAAUCAUGAAAUUUUUAAAUUUUUGUGUGUAUAUCAAUUAAAUAUAAAAUAAGGUAAAGAUUUCGGCCUAAUAAUUUUAUUUUAAAAUUAAAUAAUGAAAUUUCUACAAAAGUUAUUUUUAACAAGAAAUUUUGAUAUUAGUAUAAAUAUGGAAUGCUCUGAAUGCUUUUUUCUAUUACUAUUUUCUAUUACUAUUCUAUUAAUUAUUAAAUAAAAAAAAUUAUCGAAAUAAUAAAAUUUGAAAAUCGGCCUCACGCUAAUAAAACAUUUCUUAAUAUUUAGUUUUUCAAAAUAAAAUACAUAUAUACACACAUAUGCAUGUAUGUAUAUUAUGUAAAAGAAUUGUAAAAAAAUAUUUUUAUGAUUUCAUUUGUUAGACACAAGACAAUAAUUUUUAAAUUCACAAAUUUUUGAUAAUGUAAGUACUUACAAAUUACAAGUAAUAUAUUAAAUAAAAUGUUAUCAAUAAGCUCUAACUACUAAACAUAUCUUAAUACAUAAUACAUGCAUACAUUACAUAAAAAUACAUACAUUUUACUCAUUCGCCUUAUUAUACGAACAAAAGUAAUAAAUACUUGCGUUUAAUAAAAUUAUAUAUUUACAAACUUUUAAGUUCAGAUCAGGGUAUGAUAAGAGCGCAUCGGUAUACCAAACUAAUAUUUAUUUUGCAGAAAUUAAAUAAUAAUAAGCAUGUUUCAAUUUAAAAUAUUGUUUAUUAUGAGCAGAAUUUUUCAACUAUAUGGGAGAAAAAUAAAUUUUCCUUAUGAUAAAAAUCUGCUGUUAGACGUUUGUCCUUUUAACUAUUAAGUUCUGUUUCAUUUUUGUGAUAGACUCCGUAUAAAAAUGAAAAAACUAAACAAAAACAAGAAAAGACAUAAAAAUUAUUUAUGAUUAGUUCGCUAGAUUUUUAUGUAAUUGAGUUCGAAAUUCUCUAUUCUAUUUAAAUUCACUAACCGGGGUUUUAAAAGCAAAAAUAUCAAUUUUUGACAUUAUAACUUAAGUGAAUUUAAAAAAAUUUUUGGGCAAUAUUUUUUUAUUAAAUUAAUUUUUUUUAUAUUAUAUAAAAUAAGCAAAUAAAGGUAAAAUUAAAAAUUAAAAAUACAUAUAUAAUUAAAAAAUUAUAAAGGGUUAAAUUGAUCACAAUUUUUAAUAUUGUGUACAAAAGGCUGCCGUUCGCUAAUUCCAACGAGAUUGAAAAUAAUGUAGACAAAAACAGACAGUAGAGUUACAACAUAAAUCAAUAUGCGUCAUAAUAUAAAGAAAAUAUUUUAGAAAGCUAUAAGAUUAUGACUGUUAUGUUUUGAAAUGUAAAAUUCUGCUGAUAUUAAUAACCGCAAUUAAACGGUUUAAAAAUUUUACGCUGCUUAUUCAGAGUACAUCUUAAACAGAAAUAAAAAAAAAUACUAAUAAAAAUAAAAGAAAAUGUACACACUAGAAAUUCUAUCAAAAAUUUUUAUAUUAACUAUUUAUUAUAAAAAAAUAUGAAGAUGCUUAAUUAGUAAAUUCAUACACAGUUAUUCAAAAUUUAUUUGAACUAAAAGUUGAAAUAGAAAAAAAAUUAAUAAAACAGGAAUUUACAUUAACCAUAAAGCCAACAAAAUAUAUAUUUUCAUCACAAAUUAUAUUAAUCUUAUAAUUGAGAUUUAUAAUACCUACAAGAAUAUCAAAGAAAUUGUAAAAUCAUGUUUUUUAUAUAAAUGUAUUUAAAAAUUAAGUCAAUUAAAAUAUUCAAAGAGAAAUUAUAAACUCAUAAUGAUGACCAAAAAUCAUAAAAUUUAAUUUUUUUUUAAAUAAAAUAAGCAAUAUAAUUGAAAAAAUAUUAUAGAAAAAUUUUCAUAAUUAAAAAUUGCAAUUUAAAUGAUACAAGAUAUUAUAAUUUAACUGUAAAAAAUUUAAAUAAAUGUGAAUUAUUGGCUUCUAUAUGUAGAAUUCAGUUCAUAACAACUAAAAUACCUAAUCUACCUGUUUAUAAGAUGUAAAGUUUUUUCCAAAUUACCAGUUAUUUAACUAUAUAUGUGUGUGACAUAAUAUGCACACACAUAUCAUAUUAUCAUAGUUUUUGAUUUAAACAAAUAUCGUUUGUGAUCAUAUAUAAAAAGAAAUAUACAAAAUUUAAAUGUAUAAAUUGAUGAAA